AUGCUUGGAGAAGAUCUGGAGAAUGUUGCUACUCGACAAUCCACAAGUUCUGUCUCCAAAUCUCCUGCGAAGAAAGAGGUGUUCGAACUUUCAGAAAAGGACCACCCAUGUAUCCCCGUCAGUACAACAAAGAUUCUCGGCAAGCUCACACGAGAUCCACCACCCGAUAUACCCGAGUCUGCAUUACAUGCCCGAUGUGUUCAAUCACAGAAACGAUCUGAGACAGUUGAGGAGCUGCGACGAUGGACGAAGAAUCGGGAGAGCAGCACAGCUUUCAAACUUCUUCUGCGGAGUAUAUUCUGGAAAGAUGUGAAGAUCAGGAAGCCAGCAGAGGAGAAGCUGCAACGUGCUAUCAACGAGCUGUUCCCUCCACGCAUGGAAAUGCAGAUCACGAUCUGUGACUUCGGAGAAGGUAAAGCGCAGCAGUAUGACGUGCGUUUGGGCGAUUUAGAGAAAGAAUUUCGACAGAAACCAUCGUGGUCUACUGUCCGUUGGAUACAUGCUCCUCUCGGUGUUGGUCUGCUACACUCGUCUGUCGAAGCGUUAUUUUUCCACACCGGCUCCAAGACCAUGGGACGGCCUUUUAUCAAAGCCGGUCGUGCGGGAUGGUCAUACUUGGAGAUAGAGCAAUUUGACAUGCACAACACACAGUCGAUCCAAGACUCACGGGAUCUGUUACGUAUUUUGAAGUCCGAUGAUCAGUUCAAGACGAAGCUCGAUACGAGCGUGUUUGUAGGCGACAAGGAUCAAAAUCUCCGAAAGGAUGUAGAAUGGCGAACGGAUUACGUGGGCAAAACCGUCAACUUCUGGGAACUUGCUGAGUCUGAUCUUCCCUGGAAACUCUCAGAAGGCAGUCAGUUCAACAUGAACGGCCCAUCGGAGGGCAUUCGGACGACUAGGCUUGAGCAGGUUUCCCAGUCUUUGACAAGACACCCACAAUAA